AUGGACCUCACUAGCACGUUUGGCUCUAACGCUUGCUCUGAGCCAUCUCCAGCUCAAGACCAGAAGUAUACGGUGGAAAAGCGUUCUAUUCGUUGUGAUCGCGCCAAGCCUUGCCAUCAAUGCUCAGAUCGAAGCAUUCAAUGCACAUACCCUACGACCAUCACAGCUCGCCCGAAGCGCAAGCGUAACCCUGCUACCACCGAACAAUUUCACAGGAAGAUUGAUGAAAUCUUAGACAAGAUAGACCGUAUCAAUCUGGCGAUCGGAAAUACCCCCUUGUCCUCAGUUUCCGUCUCACAGUCUCCAGAUAAUACUUUCUCCCUUCCGUUGCACAAUGCGUCUCCCUGUACCGACACGGUCGACAAAGUAAUAGACUCGACUCAAGGUUCUUUGCUGAUAGAAGACUGUCAAGUUAGUCAAACCUCUUCUGAGUCUGGCUUAGAAGACGAUGACCACUUGGCAACACAAGCUACCUUUGCCACCAAUUAUCUGCAGUUCACUAUCGAGAAUCACCUCCCCAAGGUUCCUGCAGAGGUAAAAUCAAGCUUGGAUGCCUUGAAAAGGAUUGUGGGAAGACCCGAUGACCAAACUGUAAAUCCUCAACCUGUCUUCUCGCGCAUUGGCGUCAGUCGGGACGAUCUACGUCUGCCUCCCAUAUGGUUGGGAAUGCUGGCUAUCCAGAAGGUGAAGGACAUUCCUUCCCUGGAUCUAUCGUGCUUGCUUGAGUUCAAUGACGUCAGCCAUUUCAUUGAUUACUUCUUGAAUGGCUAUUCCGAAAAGGCCUCCCUUACAGAUUUAGUCAUUUUGCAUUGUGGGCUAUAUGACAUCUUCGUACACUACGGCCAUGUUGAAACAGACCUAGCGUUGAAAGAGGAACUCUUUGCUGCUCUUUCACUGUGCCGUACUAAUCUUGAUACAAUGCUGGCAAAUCUUCCCUUCAACUUGCCUUGUAACAUCCAUACCACCAGAGCUCUACUUAUGACGGCUUGUUAUUAUUUAAACGAAUGCAAAAUGUCUCUCGCUUGGAAUCACAUUGCCUCUGCCGCUCAAAUGUGCUUCAAGUUAGGGCUUCACACUGAUCUAUCAUUCAGUCCUGGAUCACAAGACGCUCGCUCAUCUAGGGCAAGGUUAUUUUGGUUCAUUUACAUGCUUGAUAAGAUACUGUCCCUGCGGCUUAACCGACCGUUUGUUAUUGACGACAGGAAUGUGUCAGCACGAUUAGAUUGUAUCGAGAUGAUCAGCGGGAAUAGGCUUUGUCGUAUCAUACCAAAGUGGAUUAAGAUUUCAAUGAUGCACGGUAAGGUAUAUCAUGAUAUAUACUCAGCCAAGGCUUUACUAGAACUACAAGACGUACGAGAAGCGCGAGCUCGAAGCCUGGCAAAUGAACUGGAAACCCUUUUUCACUCAACGGAUCCAGUGGAAGAUCAAUUUCUCGAGACCAUGGGCCAGAAACUGGGAAAUUCCGUGGUAGAUGUUCAGCGAAGUGCCGACCUAGUCUCCCACCUGUCGUGCCUCACUUUGAUAUAUCGCAGCAUCCAGCCUACUGAAGCUUCUAACACAGCCUUCUCAGAAGAGUGUCUCGCAACCGCCAGGAAGUGCCUCGAACAACAACGGGCUUGCUUGGCCCAACUUGAAGGGGUUUCACCCUUCUCUCUUGAUAUAUACACUCAAUGGGCUAUUAUUGGAUGGCCGUUUGUACCGUUCGUGGUUAUGUUCUGCAAUACGAUCGAAACUCGCGAUUCUACUCGACUGGCUGAGUUGUUAGGCGUCAUAGAGCCUUUGAAGGCUAUACAGAGUAUCUUACCAACGACUUACAAGAAGCAAUUGCGGCUGCUUAUGGUCAUGUACGACGUCGCGAGCAAAUACCUCGACUCUCGAUCUGAUAUGGCGCAAACGAUGGGGUUUCCAUUGGACACUCCGUUCAAUCUUCUGUUUUCGCAAGUCGGCAGGUCUGUACCAAGCCAUGACGCGCAGAUGCAGCAGGAUAUUAAUGAAAGCCGAGAUUACAACAUACCGGAGCAGACUGCACCUUUGGGAACUUCACAGGCAACUCAAAUGGAUUAUCAAGGAUUGCAAAACAUCGACUACGGCAGCCAGUUAGGGCAUUGGUUUGAAUACAACCAGCAGGUACUUCAAGCGUUGGAAGGUAACUUUUAG